CAGAAGCCGGAGCCAGGCCGGGAGGGGCUGAACCGGGCCGGGACCAGCCGGGCUGGGCUGAACCGGGCCCCCCGCCCCCGUUAUGGAGUACUUCAUGGUGCCGGCCCCCAAGGUGCCGGCCCUGCAGCACUUCAGGAAAUCCGAGAAGGAGGUCAUCGGCGGGCUCUGCAGCUUGGCCAACAUCCCGUUGACUCCGGAGACCCAGCGGGACCAGGAGCGGCGGAUACGCAGGGAAAUCGCCAACAGCAACGAGAGACGGCGGAUGCAGAGCAUCAAUGCUGGCUUCCAGUCCCUGAAAACCCUCAUCCCACACACGGACGGGGAGAAGCUCAGCAAGGCAGCCAUCCUUCAGCAGACAGCCGAGUACAUAUUCUCCCUGGAGCAGGAAAAGACUCGGCUGCUGCAGCAGAACACCCAGCUCAAGCGGUUCAUCCAGGAAUUCAGUGGUUCCUCCCCGAAACGGCGACGGGCGGAGGACAAAGACGAGGGGAUCGGCUCGCCGGACAUCUGGGAAGAUGAGAAGGCCGAGGAUCUGCGUCGGGAGAUGAUCGAGCUCCGGCAGCAGCUGGACAAGGAGCGCUCAGUCCGCAUGAUGCUGGAGGAGCAGGUUCGCUCCCUGGAGGCCCACAUGUACCCCGAGAAGCUGAAGGUGAUCGCUCAGCAGGUGCAGCUCCAGCAGCAGCAGGAGCAGGUGAGGUUGCUGCACCAGGAGAAGCUCGAGCGUGAGCAGCAGAUCCGAACCCAGCUCCUGCCAUCACAUGCUCCCCCAGCGCCCACCCACCACCCCACCGUGAUCGUUCCAGCGCCGCCUCCCUCCCAUCACGUCACCGUGGUCACCAUGGGCCCGUCCUCGGUCAUCAACACAGUCUCCACAUCCCGGCAAAACCUGGACACCAUCGUUCAGGCGAUCCAGCACAUCGAGGGGACGCAAGAGAAGCAGCUGCAGGAAGAGGAGCAGAGACGCGCCGUCAUCGUGACGCCGGUGCGCGCCUGCCCCGAGCCCUCCGCCUCCGACACCGCCUCCGACACCGAGGGCAACGACAGUGACUCCAUGGACCAGAGCAAAGAAGAGCCCUCGGGGGAUGGGGAGCUGCCCUGACACCCCCCAGCCGGCAGCCAAGGAGGGGAGCCAGGGCGGGGGGGGAAAUGUCAGAGAAUAUGCUGAAAUUUUUAAAAAAUACAACGCGAUUUGGGUCUCUUUUAUGACCUUUUUCCAAUACUGUAAAGCAGAGCGCCAGAGGCAGGCAAAGGUCACCCUUCAGCUCCCGGGGGGCGGCCACAGUGGG